GACAAGCCAAAGUGGAACCCCACUGUCUUCUCUCCAGCAAAAGGAGAAGAUAAAAAAAGGACUUUUUACACAAAUCUCCGAUAUUCUUAUUCCUCUGCUGCUGUAUCAUCAUCAUCUUCUUCUUCUUCUUCUUCUUCCUCAUCAUCGUCACAUUAGGAUCCUCCAUUUUCGUUAAUUGAAGAUAGAUAAACUUUCGUUUGAGGAUCAGAUCUUGAGAGGAGUCAGCUCAAGGAGAGGGUGAGAAAAGUGAAGGCAAGGCUUCGAGGAUGUCUUUUACAGGAACUCAACAGAAAUGCAAGGCUUGUGAGAAGACUGUUUAUGCUGUUGAGCUUCUCUCAGCUGAUGGUGUUGGCUAUCACAAGUCUUGCUUCAAAUGCACUCACUGCAAAAGCAGGCUUCAGCUGAGCAGUUACUCAUCAAUGGAAGGUGUGUUGUACUGUAAGCCUCAUUUUGAGCAGCUCUUCAAGGAGAGUGGUAGUUUCAACAAGAACUUUCAGUCACCUGCAAAACCGGCUGACAAAUCAACUCCUGAGCUGACAAGGACGCCUAGCCGAGUUGCCAGCAGGUUCUCUGGUACACAAGAGAAAUGCGCCACUUGCAGUAAAACUGUGUAUCCUAUUGAAAAGGUAACAGUGGAGAGCCAGACAUAUCACAAGUCUUGCUUCAAGUGCUCACACGGAGGCUGCCCAAUUUCGCCUUCCAACUACGCAGCUCUUGAAGGAAUCCUGUACUGCAAGCACCAUUUCGCUCAGCUCUUCAAGGAAAAGGGAAGUUACAACCACUUAAUCAAAUCGGCUUCCAUCAAACGCUCUGCAGCCGCUGCAGUCGCUGCCGGUGUACCAGCAGCCUCGGGUCCUGAAUCUUAAAAUUCAAUAUUCUCCUCUCUAGUCUAAAUUUGAAGUUAAUGCCAAACUGAUUCAGUUUGCUUUCUGUGUGUGAGCGUGUGUGUAAUCUAUCCUUUCAUGUUCUUAUUUCCAUUGAUAUCUCCUAAAAGACUUUGUUUGUGUUCGUUAUUUGGUAUCUAUAAAAAAUCUGAAACGUUUCCUUAUAAA